UAUUGGCAUCCCGCCACUAGAUGGCGAUUAUUUGGAAUCAGCACUUAACUGGUAAUUUCGCGACAAGUGGAAAUGAGAAGAACCAACAAUUAAUCCCAAAAUGUCCAAGAAGAGAAAAGUUUCUGCAGAAGGAAGGCAAUUUAACGAAAGGUACACAGAUUUAUUGUCUCAAUGGCACAGACCCCGAAGGCCAGGAGGUGAGUUAUGGCCUUUCCUUUGAUCCAGGGUCCAAAGAAUACUUCAGGGUAGACCCCGUAUGUGGAAACAUCACAUUAGUGGAAAAGCUGGACAGAGAGAAACAAGAUUCUAUUGAUGUUCUCGUCAGCAUCUCAGAUGGGCAAAGCCAGGUUGUGGAAAGAGUCACAAUAUUUGUAAUGGAUGCAAAUGAUGAAAGGCCUGAAUUCCAAAACAUACCUGCAAUCAUUGAUGUACUGGAAACAACCGAGUCUGGCAGCAGUAUCUACGAAGUUGAGGCAGUGGACAGAGACACAGGCUCAGGGGGCUCAGUCACCUUCUACCUCCAGAAUUCUCAGUCCAGUUUGUUUGCCAUUGACAGACAUAGUGGUGUCCUUCGUAUCAAAUUUGGAGAAACGCUGGAUUACGAGAAAAUAAAAACACACUUUGUCACCAUUUUUGCAAAGGAUGGUGGUGGUAAUUUUAAUGGCAAAGAGCAGUUUCUGUCGUCCUCUGCAACGCUGACAAUCAAUGUGAUUGAUGCACAAGACACUCCGCCAUUUUUUAUUGGGACACCGUAUUUUGGCUAUAUCUAUGAAGUCUCAAUGCCAGGAUCUGAAAUAUUCACUGUCAUUGCCAAAGAUGGUGAUACGGCAAACCCAAAUCCAAUCCGUUACUCCUUCGAUGAUAAUGAUGAUGAUGAUGUUUUUAGCAUCAAUAAAACAAGUGGUUGUAUCACCCUGAUGACUUUCCCCAUUUAUUUGAAGAGAGAGAUCUUUAAUAUUAAAGUCCGGGCUUCAGAAGUGAGUCCUCAAGGUAGACUCAUGGACUACGGGGUGACCGGGGUGGUGGUCCGUGUGGUGGACCUGAACAAUAAUCCACCUACGUUCUAUGGGGAGAACGGCCCACAGAACAUGUUUGAGUUGACGAUGUACGAACAUCCACCAGAGGGGGAGGUACUCCAGGGGCUAAAAAUCGCUGUCAAUGACUCCGAUCAGGGCGCAAAUGCUAAAUUCAGUCUGAGGCUAAUUGGACCAGGAAGAAUGCUGCGAGUUGUCCCUCAGACUGUACUCAAUGAGGCUCAAGUCACAAUUUUAGUAGAAGACUCUGCUGCCAUGGAUUUUGAGAAACACCAUUUUCUCACAUACAAGCUACUUGCAGUUGAGAUUGACACUCCAGAGAGAUUCAGCGCCACAGCAGACAUUGUCAUUCAUCUCUUGGACACCAAUGACAAUGCUCCCAAAUUCUGCUCAGAUUACUACAUUGCCAGAAUUCCAGAAAACUCACCCGGUGGCUCUAAUGUAGUGGCAGUCACGGCAACAGAUCCAGACUCAGGACCUUGGGGUGAAGUGACAUAUUCUCUAUAUGGGUCAGGGGCUGACUUGUUCCUGAUCCAGUCUGCAUCGGGGUUCAUCUACACACAGCCGUGGGCAAGCCUGGAUGCAGAGGUUAGGUCUAAGUAUAACUUUUAUGUGAAGGCGGAGGACGCCAAGGGGAAAUACAGCCUGGCUGAGGUCUUUGUGACGGUGCUGGAUCUGAACGACCACCCACCUGCUUUCAUUGACAACUUCCUUGAAAAGACCAUGGUGAUUGGUACAGCAGUGAAAAUAGAGGCUGUGGAUGAUGAUGCAGAGGUACCCAACAAUGUCAUCGAGUACACUAUCAUGAAAGCUGAGCCAGACAACAGCAUCUUCGACAUUAACGCGGAAACAGGGGAGAUCGUGCUCAAGUCCUACAUCAAGUCAUUGGCCAUUAUACAGAACAUCACCGAGCAGACGGACUUCACCUGGUCACUGGUGGUGCAAGCUCGAGACCGAGGCCAGCCAUCCUUCAGCACCACUGCAGUCGUCAAGAUCGAUAUCACUGAAGCUAGCCAACUCAGUGGGGGGCAUGUAGGAUCAUUUUUAAUGCAGAGUAGAAACAAGCCCUUGCAAAUCCUAAGUAUGCUUGCUGGUGUCAUUAGCUUCACAAUCAUAGUCACAGUCAUCAUAUCCACUGCAACAUUCAUGCGCAACAAAAAGAGCAACCGGAUCAAGCCUAACCGCCGUGUGCGGAGAAGGCCGCAGCAGCAGCGCACCUGGAACUUCAAAAAUCCCUUCAAGACAUCAGAAACCCCUGGGGAGAAAUUCCAAAUCGAAGAGGAAGAGUGCGAACCUGAGGUCAUCAUGGAGAAUAUCAGCUACAACAACGUCAACAAUGUUGUGAGACACUGGUCCCCACCUCCACCACCCUGCGCUCCAUCUCUGCCCCCUCCUCCAGCCCCUUACAUCCCAGGGGAGAGGCCAUGGACCAUACCCACCAUGUCAGGAACAGUGGCACCCAAACCCAAAAAGAAGCCGGUGAUGACCAGACAAGACACUAUAAACAGAGCACUGGUGUCAGAGCUGAAGAUAAGACUGGAGCAGAAAAGGAUGCUUAAGUAUCAAUAGGGGCGUAACAAAACUACUUCACCUAAAAUGAGUCUUCCUGGAGCCUUCAUGAUGUUAAUCAGUGGGUUGAUUCUGUAUAGUUAUCAUAAAAAUGUAUUUCUUCACAUUUUCAUUUUUUGCAGGACUCUUAAGUCUUCUCAUCUGUGUAGACAGACAAAUGGACAUUUUAACAAACACAUAUCAAAUAACAAGGCAGACUUCAUUUUAAUAUUAUGAAAAAGAAGUGAUAUAGUCAAAAGCUCCAGGAUAGCCAUUAAAUGGGCCUUAAGGUGAGAGUGGGUUUCUUUUUUCAGCUGUUUCCAAAGACAAGAGAACCCAGUCAUUAAUAGUGCUUUGUGUGAACGGUGUGUGUGUGUGUGUGUGUGUGUGUGUGUGUGUGUGUGUGUGUGUGGGAUGGAGAAGAGAAAAAUCCCGUUGUGUUUCUUCAUUCAAAUCACAUUUUCAGUUCACAAUCAUUUACCACUUGUUUCUGGUGCAAGUUUCUGUCUCAUUUUGUUUACUCACCUUGGGAACCAUUUUUGACACACCCAUGCCAAUAAGUUCUUGAACUCAAAUCCCUUGUCAGGAAUGAAGUCAUUCAAGUGAGACUGUUUAUAUGGGAGCCAGUCAAACUCCUCACAAGAGGUUUCAUGAUACUUGAACUGACCAAAGAGAUCAGCCCAAGGGAAGGGAACCAAAGCGAUCAUGUGAGGAAGACAUUUAAUCCUACGGCACAGGUGUAACACACUUGUUAGGACCCUGUUUUUGAGCAGUCACCAUGUUUAUUUAUCAUUUAUGGGACUUUGCUUCAUUUACUUCAUUUAUCACUGUAUAUGUGGUGGUAUAUAUGUUUUAAUUGGUGUCACUUUGGUCAAAAACCUUUCUGUCAAAACACUUGUACUAAUUUUACUACCAUUAAAAGAACAUCAUUUGUAAAUUCACCAGUGGUGAAAGAAGUUUUUAGAUUAUUUUACUCAGGUGAAAGUAGCAGGACCACACUAUGAAAAUACUCCCAUAGAAGA